AUAAAAUAUCAUAGUCCCAACAUUAUUAAUUUAUUUAUAGAGUUUUUACUGUAUACACCUAUUCGAAUGAGUGUAAUACUAAAUACAGAGUUGUAAAACUUAUUUCCAUACGUGUUUCACAGGAAGGUAGAAUGAGUAAAAUCAACAUAAUGAAAGAAAUAACCAUAACUUCUAGGAUAUGAAUUCAAAGUGUAGUUCUGGUUUUUUACUUAAUUCAACACAAUGGAGAUUUGAUACCAUAAUUGUUAACGUGCAAUAAAGUUAUCUUCUCGAUAAAUAGCGUCCUCAUUCUGCGAAUCUAUAGCACAAAGAGAUAAAACAUCACUUCUCAAUCACAAAAAAUUUUAGAAAAUAUUUUGUUAAGGAGAACCAACAAGUUAUGUCUUCUUCAAGCUCUUCCGUGGUCCAAGUUGUGUCUUCUGCCAGCUCUCCCGCCCCCCAACCUGAGAAAUGCAAUGACGUUACCGUGGCUGUAGAGGAGUCCAUUGAGAAGGCAACGGAGAACCAAGCUGUGUCUUCUGCCGGCUCUUCCGCGGCGCCCCAGCCAGAAAAAUCCAAUGACGUUACCGUGGCCGUGGAGGAGGCCAAGGAGAUGGCAGCAGAGAACCAAGUUGUGUCUUCUGCAGGCUCUUCCGCCGCGCCGCCCCAACCCAAUGACAUUAUCGUGGCUGUGGAGGGGGACAAGGAGAUGGCAACGGAGAACCAAAUUGUGCCUUAUACAGGCUCUCCCGCGCCCCAGCCUGAGCAAUGCACUGACAUUGUUAUCGUGGCAACGGAGAACAACGAUCCGGGGAGUGAAAACCCAAGUCUCAUCGGAUCUGGUGCUGUCCCACCAGGAAGCCAGAUCCUGCAGCUUUACCCACCAAGAUCUAAUAAGAUCUUCACUUGUCCCACUUGCAAAAAAGGGUUCCCAUCAAGUCAAGCCCUAGGCGGUCACCAGAACGCGCACAAGCAGGAGCGAGAGUGGGAAAGGAAGAGGAAGAAUAUGGAACAAGAGUACCCCGGAUUCGCCUUUUUGAACCCUAAUAUAGACAAUCCUCUUAUGUUUUUCUUAGGUGGCUACUCGGAAGAUGCUUUAACACACGAGAAUCAUCUUGGGAUCCCUCUUGACGAUGCUUUCAAACGCAGAUUUGCCCGUAAUCACCCAUCCGUCAACAACGGAUUCUCGGACAUGAACAUUACCGCGGUUCCUCGCGUGGCUCCUACUGGCUUCUUCGCAGGGAACACUUCCACCACCAACGGUUCUUCUUCAGGAGGACUUGGGCCUAGACCCCCUUACAACAGCUAUCCCCCGAUGCUCCCUAGGAACUUUCCUCCUUUCCCUCCUCCUCAGACCAACAAUCUUCCUAGAGGUUUGUAUCCACAACAAGAGAAUGUAUUGAACGAGGUGAAUUUCAUCUCAGAGAUAGGAAAGGGUAAAAAUAUUAUGGAGAUUGAUGAUAAUGAUGAUGAUGCUGAUGCUGGUGCUGGUGCUGAUGAUGGGCCUAUAGAAGGGACAUCCAAGAGCUGGGGGGCUGAUUUAUCUCUUUGACUAUUGUUUAGUCCUAUGAAUUGUUUAGUUUUCUAUUAAAGACCUCUCUCUCUGAAGAUUGCUUUUUCAUUUUAAUUUUCUUGCAUUUCGUUUAGAUGUUCCUUUGUCUGUACGAAGCAUGUCUUCUUCUGGACGAUUUGCUUCUUUUUAUGAAUAAAUGGUUCCUUUUUUUUCUUGCCA